GGCACCGCCAUUUUGCCGGUGGCCGUAGGAACACGCUGUGUGAAGUAAAGGCAGGAGCCCGCUUGGCCUCGGCGCGCCCCUCCGCCAGGGGAUCGUUUUCUCCAGAAGAGCUGGAUAUUCUGACUUUCUUAGAAGUAUGGCAGACAAAUUAACAAGAAUUGCUAUUGUCAAUCAUGACAAAUGUAAACCUAAGAAGUGUCGACAGGAGUGCAAGAAGAGCUGCCCUGUGGUUCGGAUGGGAAAAUUAUGCAUAGAGGUUACACCUCAGAGCAAAAUAGCAUGGAUUUCUGAAACUCUCUGUAUUGGUUGUGGUAUUUGUAUUAAGAAAUGCCCCUUUGGCGCCUUAUCAAUUGUCAAUUUACCAAGCAACUUAGAAAAAGAAACAACGCAUCGAUAUUGUGCCAAUGCCUUCAAACUUCACAGGUUGCCUAUCCCUCGUCCAGGUGAAGUUUUGGGAUUAGUUGGAACUAACGGUAUUGGAAAGUCAACUGCUUUGAAGAUUUUAGCAGGGAAGCAAAAGCCAAACCUUGGGAAGUACGAUGAUCCUCCUGAUUGGCAAGAGAUUUUGACUUACUUCCGUGGAUCUGAAUUGCAAAAUUACUUUACAAAGAUUCUAGAAGAUGACCUAAAAGCGAUUAUCAAGCCUCAGUAUGUUGACCAGAUUCCCAAGGCUGCAAAGGGGACAGUGGGGUCUAUUUUGGACCGAAAGGAUGAAACAAAGACACAGGCAAUUGUAUGUCAACAGCUUGAUUUAACCCAUCUAAAAGAACGAAAUGUUGAAGAUCUUUCAGGAGGAGAAUUGCAGAGAUUUGCUUGCGCUGUUGUUUGCAUACAGAAAGCUGAUAUUUUCAUGUUUGACGAGCCAUCCAGUUACCUAGAUGUAAAGCAGCGUUUAAAGGCCGCUAUUACAAUACGAUCACUGAUAAAUCCAGAUAGAUACAUCAUUGUGGUGGAACAUGAUCUAAGUGUGUUAGACUAUCUCUCUGACUUCAUCUGCUGUCUGUAUGGCGUACCAAGUGCUUAUGGUGUUGUUACUAUGCCUUUUAGUGUGAGAGAAGGCAUAAACAUUUUUUUAGAUGGCUAUGUUCCAACAGAAAACUUGAGAUUCAGAGAUGCAUCACUUGUUUUUAAAGUGGCUGAAACAGCAAAUGAAGAAGAAGUCAAAAAGAUGUGCAUGUAUAAAUAUCCAGGAAUGAAAAAAAAGAUGGGAGAGUUUGAGCUAGCAAUUGUAGCUGGAGAGUUUACAGAUUCUGAAAUCAUGGUGAUGUUGGGGGAAAAUGGUACUGGUAAAACGACAUUUAUCAGAAUGCUGGCUGGAAGACUGAAGCCUGAUGAAGGAGGAGAAGUACCAGUCUUAAAUGUCAGUUAUAAGCCACAGAAAAUCAGUCCCAAAUCAACUGGUAGUGUUCGACAGCUACUACAUGAGAAGAUUCGAGAUGCUUACACUCAUCCACAGUUUGUGACUGAUGUAAUGAAGCCUCUGCAAAUUGAAAACAUCAUUGAUCAGGAGGUGCAGACAUUGUCUGGUGGUGAGCUGCAGCGAGUGGCUUUAGCUCUCUGCUUGGGAAAACCUGCUGAUGUCUAUUUAAUUGACGAACCCUCUGCAUACUUGGAUUCUGAGCAAAGAUUGAUGGCAGCUCGAGUUGUCAAACGUUUCAUCCUCCACGCUAAGAAGACAGCUUUUGUUGUGGAACAUGACUUUAUCAUGGCCACUUACCUGGCAGACCGAGUCAUUGUAUUUGAUGGUAUUCCAUCUAAAAACACCGUCGCCAACAGUCCUCAGACCCUUUUGGCUGGCAUGAAUAAAUUUUUGUCUCAGCUUGAAAUUACAUUCAGAAGAGAUCCAAAUAACUACAGACCAAGAAUAAACAAGCUCAACUCAAUUAAGGAUGUAGAACAAAAGAAGAGUGGAAACUACUUUUUCUUGGAUGAUUAGACUGAGAAUACUUAUAAGCCAUUUAUUAAAGGAAACAUUGGGAUUUUGUCGUAUAAAACUUUAAUCAAGUUUUAUGCCUCACAUACUCUGGAGCUUGAAGAAUAAUUAAUGUAACAUCAAAAGCCAGUUGUGGUGUUUUAUUGUAAUUCAAACAGAAAAUACCACUUUUCUGUUCUUGAGGAUAAGACCUUUUGUGUAUAACAUUCUAAAAUGAAGACAUUUCAAGCUUUACAGGUUACCUCCAAGUUUUCAUGCUGUGUGGGAAGACUUUCAGUAGAUGUAUUACAUUCAUGUACCAACUGCUGACCAGUGUUGCCCCGCUUUAAAAAUCAUAAGUUUCUGUACUUCCAUGAUUUGCCAAGUGUCCAGUAUAAUGAAACUGCCCUUAUUUUAAAAACUAGUCGAAGACUCCAUAGAUGAAAUUUGAUAAUAAACUUCAGGAUUACAUUUGUUAUUUGUUUUCAGUCUUUGCACUAUAUUCUCAGUGUAUUUAGACUUUCAAAGGAAAGUGUUGGAGAAUGGUUGUUUGUUACCAACUUAAAACAUUGUUUACAAUGUUUUUGGUGCUUUUGAGUAUCAAAAAUCAACACCACAUCCCCCAGAAACUCCUUACUCUGAAUUUUAACAUAUUCCGUAAGAUUCUGCAUUCUGUAUUUGUUCUCAUGGUUUGUCAUUCUUUAAACAUACAUUUAUAUAACUACUAGGAGAAAAGCAUUUGCUUCCCCUCAGAGCACAGGCCCAGCACCAGAGCUGGUGCCGAGUCUGUAUUUUACACCUUCCCAGGUUUCUGGCGGGCUGCAGACUGCUAACCCCUUACCUACGAGCACCAGCAAUGCCAAAACAAGCCUUCAGAGAGCAACACAAGUAUCCCAUGAUACCAAAAAUAACUCAUUUCUAAGUUGGGAUGCGGAAGGCAUUUUCUUAAUUUGACAUUUUUUUCAGUUUUGGAUAGUAUAACAAAAUCUGUCUAGUUACAGAGUUCAAACAAGUGAGAUGCCUACAGUGUGAAAACUCAUACUUUUGACUAGUGCAUAAAAAUGAAACUAACCUAAUCAAGCAAGGAAAAGGGAUUGGCCAAGUAACGGGCAAACAUUUUAAAAUAGGCGGAAAAUUAGAAAUUAAUGGACACUUAGAACUCAAAAUAGCUGUAAUUCAUAUGCAAAGUGGACAGGUCUAAUUGGGCCCCGUUGGGUCUUGGGAAAAAUAAUUGAUGUGAAUAAAGCAUAAAUGUCUGUUUUUUUAGUUCAGAUAAUACAGAAACAAAUGGAAUAAGGCUACAGUUUUCAUUCACAUACCCCCCCAACACAUCCCUGUGUUCAAUUAUACCCAUUCCUGCUUUUUCUGUGCACUUACUUACCUAAGUAAAAAUAUGUAAAGGGUUUGUUUUGUAUAUAAAUCGGGUUAUACUAAAAUAAGUAGUGCCUAUUUUUAAGAUAGGUUAAAUUUGUGAAUUAUGUCAAAUAUAUUGAAUAAAAUAAGAUAAAAGCCA